AUGGCUGUAUUGCUGGCCAUACUGCUGGUGCUGCUGCUGAUGCCUUCUUCAACCGUGGCUAAGACGGUGAAGCAGCACCUGGCGGACUGCCUGAAGGAUCAGGACUAUAAAACACUGCUGGACACAGCAAAACACGGCUUACAGAUAUUGAAGAUCGCUGUAAGACCCAAGCACGUCAUCAUCGUCGGUGCCGGCAUAGCGGGACUCACCGCGGCCAAACUGCUGCGGGAUAUAGGACACCAGGUAACUAUAAUUGAGGCCAGUGGUCGUGUAGGAGGGCGUGUGGAGACCUACAGGGAUGAGAGUGGGGGCUGGUAUGCAGAGCUAGGAGCCAUGAGGAUCCCCAGCUUCCAUGAGAUCGUGCUGUGGUACGCUGAGCAAAUGAAAGUGCAGCUGAAUGACUUCAUCAUGGACAAUGACAACACCUUCUACCUGGUGAACGGACAGCGCAGGACAACGAGGGAGGUGAAGAAGAACCCCAACAUCCUCGGCUACCAUGUGGUGGGAAACGAGAGGGGCAAGUCAGCUGACCAGCUCCUGCAGGAUGCUCUGGAGACGGUGAAAAAGUAUGUGGAGGACCACGGCUGUGAGGCAGCACUGAAGAAGUUCGACAAGUACUCUGUGGAGGGCUACCUGCGUGAGGAGACUGAUUUGAGCUCUGAGGCGAUCCGUAUGAUUGGGGAGCUGUUGAACGAACAGAGUAUGAUGUUCACAGCACUUACAGAGAUGAUCUACGACCAGAGUGACAUCAGCGACAAAGUCACGUAUCAUGAGGUGGUCGGAGGGACAGACAAACUCACAACAGCCUUCCACAAGUACCUAGAAGACCACGAUGUCCCCAUCUACCUCAACUCCCAUGUUACGUCCAUUGCACAGUCCAAACCCGAUGUCAAGGUGACUUUCCGUCAAAGUACCUGGACUGGAGUGAUGCGUGCAGAUGCUGUGCUGGUGACCACCACGGCCAAAGCUGCCCUCUACAUGAACUUUGAACCCCCCCUCUCCCGUGAAAAGAUGGAGGCCCUACGAGGAGUACAUUAUGACAGCUCCACCAAGGUCCUGCUCAUUUUCAGCAAGCCCUUCUGGGAAGAUGAUGAUAUCAAGGGUGGCAAGAGUGUGACGGACCGGCCCAGUCGCUUCAUCUACUACCCAAGCCACAGUUUUGAGAGCAAAAAGGGCGUGCUGCUGGCGUCCUACACCUGGUCAGACGACUCACUGAUGUUGCUAGGCGCCAGUGAUGAAGAGCUGAAGGAGCUGACUCUCAAAGACCUGGAAAUCCUGCAUCCACACCACAACAUCAGGUCUCUGUGUGAGAGUGUGAAGGUGAAGCGCUGGAGUUCAGACCGCUACAGCCUCGGAGCCUUCGCCCUCUUCACGCCGUACCAGCACCUGCACUAUGCUGGUGCCCUCUUCAGGCCAGAGGGCAGAGUGCACUUCGCUGGAGAGCACACUGCUCUGCCCCACGCCUGGAUAGAGGGCUCUAUGAAGUCAGCCAUCAGGGCUGCCAUCAAUAUCCACAAGGCGGCGCCACUGGACCUGGGCGCUGCCCAAUCCUCACCAGCUGCACACGCAGAGCUGUAGCAGAGUUAACAUCCCUCUUUAGAGGGCUGUAGCUAGCGCUGUUUUGAUGGAAAAAACUUCAAAUAACUACACCAGGAAGCUGUAGGCCUACACUGUAUAACAUGAAACAUUGGAAUAUCUGUUGUUUUUGUUAGUCAUAUUUCAUUGAAUUGUCAUGGGACAUCAAAAG